AUUCGCUUCCGGCGGCUGAGGCAGAAGUCUGCUACUUUUGUCUUCUCCGGUGGAUUCUGUAGAUAAUGGCUUGUGACACAGGAGCAGAUUUUCCAGUUUGGGCAUUGUUACCGAAAAGAGAAACUAACGUCUCCAGCUUUUUAACGAAGUAUCCAGAAUAUGAUGGUCGCGGAACUGUAAUAGCGAUUUUAGAUUCUGGUGUUGAUCCUGGAGCGAAAGGUUUACAGAAAACUAGUGAUGGAAAGCCUAAGAUCAUUGAGAUGAUGGAUGCUACUGGUUCUGGGGAUGUUGAUACAUCUACUAUUGUUACUGCUGUUGAUGGCUAUAUCACUGGGCUUACAGGACGACAAUUAAAGAUUCCAUCAACAUGGGCUAAUCCAACUGGUAGAUUUCAUAUUGGAGUGAAGAAUGCAUAUGAACUUUAUCCUAAAUCAUUGAAGGAACGUAUCUGUAAAGAGCGAAAAGAAAAACAUUGGGAUCCGUUUCAUAAAAUGUUAAUUGCUGGAGUCUCUAGAAAGAUACAAGAAUUCAGUAGCCAGAAUCCGAAUGUUCUCCAGCUUUCUCAAGCACAAAAGUUGCAGAAAGAAGAAUUAGACUCCCAGUUAGAAAUUUUAAAUGGUUUGGAGAAAAAAUAUAAUGAUACUGGCCCAACAUAUGAUUGUAUUGUCUUUCAUGAUGGAAAGAAAUGGAGAGUGGCUAUUGACACAACUGAAAAUGGUGAUUUGGAAAACUGCAGUCUUCUUGGACCAUACUCAGAAACUCAUGAGUUUGCAAUGCUUACUACUGCUGACAGGUUGAACUACUGUGUCAAUGUCCAUGAAGAUGGCAAUCUCUUAGAAAUAGUGAGCAAUUCCACUGCUCAUGGUACCCAUGUUGCAAGUAUUGCAGCUGCAUAUUUUCCCAAUGAACCAGACAAAAAUGGUGUUGCUCCAGGUGCUCAAAUAAUAAGCAUAGGAAUUGGAGACUUGCGCUUAGGCUCGAUGGAAACUGGAGCUGCUUUAAUACGUGCUUUUGUCAAAGUGAUUAGCAGUCAUUGUGAUGUGAUAAAUAUGAGUUAUGGUGAACAUUCCCAUUGGUGUGGUGGACGAAUAAUGGAAUUAGUUCAUCAAGUGGUUGAUGUGCAUGGUGUGAUAAUGGUUUCAAGUGCAGGAAAUCAUGGUCCAGCAUUAUCUACUGUUGGUACUCCUCCAACAAUGCCAUCUAACUCUGUGAUUGGCGUUGGAGCAUAUGUAUCUCCAGAUAUGAUGCUAGCCGAAUACUCUUUAAGAGAAAAACUACCUGGUGUAGGUUAUACUUGGACAUCUCGGGGUCCUGGGUCAAAUGGUGAUCUUGGUGUUAGUAUAUGUGCUCCAGGUGGUGCUAUAACAUCAGUUCCAAAUUGGACUUUACGAGGAGCACAGUUAAUGAAUGGAACAUCUAUGAGCUCACCUCAUGCUGCUGGUUGCAUCAGUGUUUUACUCUCAGGAUUAAAGCGAAAAGUAAUUUCAUAUUCGCCCUACAGUGUCAGAAGAGCAAUUGAAAAUACUGCCUUAAAAGUUAGCACUUAUGAAGUAUUCAGUAUGGGCCAUGGAUUAUUGCAGGUAGAGAAAGCUUUUGACCACUUAGUAGAGUACUCAAAAUGCAUUGAGCGGAAUAUUCGUUUCCAAGUAACUUGUGAACAGAAAAACGGGAUCUACCUUCGAGAAACAUUCCAUGUCCACCGGCCGUAUGUUGCAAACAUAUCAAUAGAACCAAUAUUUUUAGGAGAUGCUUUUGCAGAUGCAGAGAGCAAAAUCAACUUCCAAAUGAACUUGAAAAUUACUUGUGAUGCUACAUGGGUGUUUGUUCCUGCCAACUUGACUCUUAUGUAUUCAGUUCGCUCCUUCAGUAUCCGAAUUGAUCCAUCUGGUUUGCCAGUUGGAGAAUAUUUUGCUAUGGGCAAGUAUUAUAUCAAAGGUUUUGAUAGUGCUUGUAUUGAAAAGGGUCCAGUAUUUCACUUUCCUGUUACAGUCUUAAUAAGCAGAAAGUUGAAUGACGGAGCUUGUUGGAAUGUAUCAUCUUGUACAUUGCCAACAGGAAAAGUUAUUAGAGAAUUCAUUGAAGUUCCUGCUGGUGCAACAUCUGCUGCAUUGCGUGUUGCUUCUUGUGAUACAAAAAAUAGUUGUUGCGUUGUUGUCCAUGCUGUUCAAAUCCGCCCACAAAUGUAUUGUAAGGCACAGGAGUACUACAAAAUGCUGCGUUUAGGGCCUAAAGAGGAGUACUUAUGCACUUUAUCAGUAAAAGAAAAACUUGUUUUAGAAGUUGUUCUGGUACCAUGGUGGACUUCAUUAGAAUCUGUUGUAAUUAACUACAAUAUUUCUUUUCGUGGUCUUAUGCCUGAUUCAUCAUCUGUUGUCAUGCAUGGCGCUGAUGGAAUUCAUCGCGUAGAUGUCCAUUCUUCUUUAAUAUAUGAAGACAUGAGUCCAACAGCUGUACUGAAAUCACAUGUUGUUGUUUUAAGGCCUGUUGAUUCCAAAAUCAACCCUUUAAAAUCUAGAGAUGUGAUUCCGAUUGGACGUCAAGUGUAUGAAUUGCAGCUCACAUAUACAUUCAAUGUUCCAAAAGCAACUGAGAUAACUCCUGCAUUCUCUUUACUUUCUGAACUGCUGUAUGAAUCUGAAUUUGAAUCUCAACUUUGGAUGUUAUUUGAUGUUAAUAAGCAAUUAAUUGCCACUGGAGAUGCUUAUCCAUCUAAGUAUUCUGUCAAGAUUGAGAAGGGGGACUAUACCUUGAAAUUGCAAAUCCGUCAUGAGGAGCGCAAUCUCCUUGAAAAAAUGACUGAUAGUCCUCUUUUGAUUAGCUCAAAAUUGUCAUCUAAUUUGUCAUUUGAUAUUUACGAUAAACUUUCUCAAGCAUUGGUUAAUGGAAAGAAAUUUAGUUCACAUGUUGUUGUUCCUGGUUCUACAGUACCUCUGUUUCUAGCACCUAUACCGACUGAAAAAUUUCCUAAAAAUUGUUUGCCUGGUCAUUAUCUUACUGGCUCCAUAACAUUUACAAAAGAUGAUUCAGUGAAAAAAAUUGAUAUAUUCCCUUUAAAGUACAUUGUACCUGAAUUACCAAAAAAGGCACCUAGCCCUAAACAUGGAACAGAAGAAAAGACUUUAGAGGAAGAAUUUGUUGAGGAAGUAAAACAAUUAAAACUUUCAUGGUUGGCCAAACUUACUGGGAAAAUAUCAAAAUGUUUGUUUGAUGAAAUACUUACCAAAGAGAAAGAUAACUUAUACCCUGUUCUACUAGCAAGAUUACAAUCAUUAGAUAAAGAAUAUGAGAAAUAUCCUCAUUGCAAAAGAAUAAAAGUUCAUUUGCUUGAAAUCAUGAAGUUAGCAGACCAACUUUUAGCAUUCUUUAACACAAAUGAAAUUUUAGCUUCUCUUGGAAGUAAAAAUGACAAGAAAGAAAGCAGUAUUCAUAAGAAGUAUGAACAAGAAAAGAAUUGUGUAAUUGAAGCUUUAGUGAAAAAAGGAAAAGCUAUGUGCAAUUAUUUGACUCUUAAACCAUGUACUGAUGAGGAAGUAGUUGAUACAGAAGAAAAAAGUGGCGACCAGUCUGCUAAUGAAGAACUAUCUCAAGCUGAUAUUGCUAACAUUAAAUCUAUGGAAGAUACUCUAGCUGUUUCAACUGAUAAAAUUGAUGAAAUCUACUGUGAACUCCAAAAAUUUGUUGAUAUGACUGAUUCUAAGGUAGUUGCUUUUACUGAAAAACAAGCAAUGCUACAUGGUCAUUAUGGAAGAGCAUUAAAGUUAUUAAAACAUGAUGAAAAGCGAAAUCUUGACACUGAAAAAAAAUGCAUUAAACUUUUCCAGCAACUUGAUUGGAGUCACUGUGCCACCUUUUUUGAAAGAGGACUUCUUGUGCGAUUUCCUCUAUCAUUUAGACUAUUUUGAAGUUAAGGAAUUUAAUUUUAAAUUGCUAGCUAUCUUUUAUACUUGACUACAAAUAAAAUUUUUUAUGGCUCCUAAUUUUAUUAAAUGAAAGUGCAUUCUAAGACUUAAAUAUGUAUCUAUCAGUUUUUAUCCUAACAAAUUACUAGAUUACUCUUGCUUAUGAGAUUCAAUAAUGCUCGCACUGCUGUAAUAAUUCUUCAGAUCAAACAUUCAAGAUUCAUUUCAAGCAACUACUAUGCUACAUUAUAAUUUUGUAUUCAACUGCUUUCCUGCUAAAGUGAAUUAAUAAAGAAAAGUAAUAUAUUAAAUAAUUGUAAAAGGUGUUCCUGUUAAUAAAAAGAAGAAAAAUGU